GGGGGGGGAGGACUCCCCUCUCCGCGUAUCUCCUCUCCUUGACUCGCUCCGGACCAGACUCCACCAUCGUACCCACCCUCUCUGCAGCUUUUGCUCGGCCAGAUACGCUUUGUGUGCAGCAGUAAGAGGAGCCAAGAGGAGGAGGAGGAGACGGGGGAGAUUUCUGUGCUACUGUUUGGUCCUCGAGGGGAGGAGCCAGUUGUUAAUUCUACGCCGCAAGGGGAAGACACCGUGCAAAGAGGUUAUUGGGCUGAUGCGAGAGAAGAAGAGGUCUAAAAUGAUGAAGGGCAUCUGGCUGGUUCAAGACUAGCUCAGACCAGGGGAACUGCAGGAGAGGUGGGUGAGGAAGAAGACCGAAUAGUUAAAGUAAACCACAUGACCAGACCUUGCCAAGGCUCUAAAUUAGUGAUGUUCCCCUCGCACAGGGAUUACCUCCUCCCUGUCAUCUCUCUCUCAAUCUCUCCUGCUCUUCCCGCCCCCACACAGCAGAGAGGCAUCCCUGGUCCGCGACCCUAAGCUGUGAGAGCUCGCUUUGCUCACCCGCCCAUACACAAACUCAACACUCCCACAUUCUCAUCCUGCUCAGCUACUGGUCUUGUUCUUUUCCUACACCAUGAAGAGGCCCAAGCUGCAGACUGGGCCCCUGAGCUUCCUAAAUUUCUUCAGCAGAAAGCCUAAAUCGGAGCCGAGGCCUGUGGAAGUAUGGCCAAAAGAGGAGGUCGCCAUCACCCUUACGCCGAGCGAGCGUCCAGAGCAGGACCUGGACCCGACAGCAGAAGAGGCUGGAGAAUCAAGAAUUUCGGGGGCAGAAAAAGGAGAAGGAGGAGGUCUGCAGGCCGCGGCCGAGGCUGGUGAGGAUGCUGCUGCCACAGCCAAAUGCGUGGGUGGGAUCAGCAGCGGCUCCACUGGUGUCCUGUCCCUGUCCUCCUCCAGUCAGGAGCAGUUAUUGGACGAGCACCUGGAGGAGUGCCCACUGUGCCUGCUCAGUCAACCGCGUUGCCGCUUCCCACGACUCACCUCCUGUUCUCAUCGGGCGUGCUCCGACUGCCUCCGCCAGUACUUGCGCAUUGAGAUAUCAGAGAGUCGGGUGGGCAUUGCGUGCCCACAGUGCCCUGAGACACUGGCGCCACUAGAUGUUUGUGCCAUCCUGGAUGACCGGGCGUUGCUGGAGCGGUUUGAGGAGUACCAGCUGAGACGUUUUCUGGCCGCUGAUCCAGAUACACGCUGGUGCCCUGCGCCUGACUGCAGCUAUGCAGUGAUAGCCUAUGGCUGUGCAGAGUGUCCCAAGCUAACCUGUGGCCGUGAGGGAUGUGACACAGAGUUCUGCUACCACUGUCGACAGCUGUGGCACCCCAACCAGACGUGCGACCAGGCGCGGCGUCAGCGGGCCCGUCACACCUCAGGCGGGAACGAUGCCUCCAUGCUCUACGUUUUCAAUGAAGAACCUGGAGGAUAUGCAGAGGAGAUCAAAGCAUGCCCUCGCUGUGGUGCCUAUAUCAUGAAGACCAAUGAUGGCAGCUGUAACCGAAUGAACUGCACUGUUUGUGCCUGUCAGUUCUGCUGGCUGUGUAUGCAGGAGAUCACCGAUGUGCACUACCUCAGCCCCUCAGGAUGUACAUUCUGGGGAAAGAAGCCAUGGUCGCAAACCCGCAAGGUUCUGUGGCAGGUGGGCAUGUUGCUCGGAGCACCGGUGGUCAUCUCCCUUAUAGCAGGCAUUGCCAUCCCAGUCAUCAUCGUGGGCAUACCAAUCUACAUGGGCCGAAAGGUUCAUGGACGUUGUAAAAAAAACAAUAUCUCAGGAAGUAAGCACUACUUGACAGUGGCGAGUGGGGUGAUGAUGUCAGUGUUUGUUUCGCCGGUCAUAGCAGCUGUCACUGUGGGUGUGGGUGUACCACUAAUGCUGACUUAUGUCUAUGGCGUGGUCCCCAUGUCGCUCUGUAGGAACGGUUGGUGUCGAUCACAGAAUGAGCCUCCUGAAACACAAAAAAUUCAACUGGAGGACUUAGCCAGCUUCAGUGACCACUGGACGGGUCAGAACAACUCGUCGCUCAGUGACACCAGCGUCCAGGAAGUCAGUGUACAGGAAGUAGCCAUCCUCCCAAGUACAAGCACCACAGCCCUGGAAAUAGAUAGCUAUGUUGAACUGGAUGAAGCCACAACACGCCAUGGAUACAGCCAGCAAAACAGCCAGUCAGACUGCGAGGCAGUUAUUGUGCCUUACAGCAAGCAUGAUGACACACAAGCGCUUCCUUUGAGGGAGGGAACCAAUAUUGAGGUACGUGUGGAAAUCGAGACCCAACGUAGAGGCGCACGCCAGCCAAGCCUAAGUAGCAUCCUGUCUAGUCGAAGCUUGUCAGUGGAAUCCCUGGGACACUCGCAGUCCCAGUCUCAAGACUACCUGUAUGCCUCAGAAUUGGAAGAAAGGCAGGAGGGGGGAGGAGGAGGAGACACAGAGGAGCAGAAGGGAAGAGAGAAACCAGAAGGGGAAGCAGCAGGAGGCAACAAAGGGAGAGUUUUCCCAGUCUUUGAAAUAGACCAUGUAUGAGGUCCUCCAAUGCAGGCUUUGUACAUGGUUGAACAUUUAGUCAGGUUUUAUGGAAACAAACAAAUCCAUGAGCUGACAUGUCAACAGACUGACCUGAAAAUCACUGGCCAAGGCCACCUCCUGCUUCUAAGUCGGGCCCUCCCACCAGAUGCCUUCUAGCUCCACCCUGUGAGGGAGACACGGGUUUUUAGAGAGAGCAGAUGAAAAAGAUGAGAGUGUGUGUGUGUGUAGGAGACAAACAACUUGAGACUAUGACAUAGAAACAAAAGGGGGAUUAGCUGUAAAGCAGACAGGAUAGCAUUAAUCAACAAAUCUAAAACAGAAGUGACUGAGAGCAUGUUAGCUGAUAGUUCAGUCUGAAAGUGACUACCUUAUUCCCCCUCUGUUGUGAGUCUGUUCCAUGAAGCCUGUCUGACUGUACUCGUAUACUUCUUUUAGUGACCUAACCUCCUUCCUCUUCCUUUACAAAUAAAGAAAGCCCCACAAGCAUGAUAAAAACAGUCUUGUCAGUGAGUAAAUGUCAAACAUUUCCCAAGCCAAGAGUAUUUUUUUGAAAAUCUCCAGAACUUUAGCAUGCAGUGUUCACACCUGAAUUGGGUGAGAGAUGACGCAUGCUGCAUUAUUUGAUUACUUAAAUCCAGUCAAAUGUUGAAAUGACAUAUGAAAAAUCUAUAAGCCAUGUAGUGGUUGUUCUCUGUUGGAGUCAAAGAAGCUCCGUGACAUCAUGGAAAUGACAGUUUGAAUAAACUGAAGGGUUUAUACCACAGUAAAUACCACAAUUCAUAACUAUUAGUCAAGGAUAUAUGGUCUUCCAUGGGUUGUGGAGAGAAAUAAAGAUUUCAUCAUGAAGGACAAAAACAUAAUGCACACUUUGUACGUGUCAGAAUUAUUUUUUCAGUAAAAGUUCAAGUGUAGACAAAGAGUUCCCUCUUCUAAUGAGGAAUAUGUAUUUCUACUUUUUUGCAGGUUAAGGUAUGACGCUCAGACCCUGUGUUGUUGGCCACAGGUCUAGUUCAAGAGUUUUUUUUCUUCUGUUAUUUGAAUAGUUUUUUUUUUUUAAAUAAAGAUUUUUAAAGCAGUCAGACAAUUCACAAGAAAAAUAUGUGAGGGAAAUGACUGACAUGUUUUCUUCUAUUCCUCUCCUGUCAAUCAUUCCAUGACCACUUGGAUUCAUUUCACACAACCCUUUGUGGAGGAAACCAGUGUCCACCAGGAUGCCCCUAAUUAAUUUUUUCUUUAUCUGAUUAUUUAAAAUAUAACUUAUGGUGUCAUUUUGUUUAGGAAACCUACUGCUACUAACUGAUUUCCCCGGAUAUUAUAAUGUUUA